UUCUGGGCCUCAGUGGUCCAAAUGGGAUGCUCUCUCUGAUCUUUGAGAUCUCACUUGUCAACUCACAGGUUGACUGCAUUAGAUGUAUCUCUUCAGUUCUUUUUUUCCAGAUACCAUUUUGAAAUAAUUGCAACCAGUUACUAAAAUCAUGAGCUGCAGCCAUAACAAAAAAAAAUAAUAAUUCCAGGAAACUCACAUACAAGAGGAAAUUGUCGCAACUGCACUUUUGAAGAGUCACAAAUAGAUCAAUGCAAGCUGCAGCUUAGGGCAGAACAAACUUUCCCUCUUAGUCUGUAUCUACUCAGUCUGACAGAUGCUAUGGAUGGUAUCACAAACGUCGGGAGUUCUAACAUAUACAUACAGGCAUUUCACACUGAGUUACAGCUAAGUAAAAUGAAAUAGUCAAAUGACUAAAAUGGACAGCUAAGGCAGCAAGCUGACAAAUAGCUUCUAACCGGGUCCAGAUGCUUUUUCUUUCUGCGUAAUUUGAAAUCUAACAUUUCCAGACAUGACAUGCAGUUUAGCUCUUUUCCCUCCAGCCUGAACUUGCAUGCUGGAACCACACAUUAUGCUAAUGAUCUCCAAGGACCUAGCACUGCUGUUGCUUAGGAACAAAAGUUUUACAGGCUGCAGACGGAGAACUGAACAGAGGCACUGUAGCCAGGGAAGUCCUUUUUCAACUCUUCUUCCCCUCAGUAAACUCAUAUACACAAUAGUUUCUUGAAGAAGAGCAGACCAGAGGAAGACUGCACGGUAACAGACCAUGAAGGCUCACCACACAUUGCUGAAAGAAAGAAGCAGCUUGUGACAUCGGUACCACGGCUUUUAAGACUGCCUAUCUGCUAGCUGGAAUUGACAGUCACUGCUUUCAAAGGCUGGGGCUCCCUACUUCUUCCAGAGUCUGGUGUGUUUGUCUUUCUCUGAGGAAAGAUGGCCAAGGGAAAAGGAAAAGGUCCUAAAGGAAAAAAAAUUACCUUGAAAACUGCGAAAAAUUCCAUCAGGAUCUCUUUUGAUGGAGGUCGCCGUCUUGACUUAAGUAAGAUGGGUAUCACUACCUUUCCCAAAUGCAUUCUAAAAUUGGCUGAUGUGGAUGAGCUUGAUUUGAGCAGAAACAUGCUAAAAAAGAUCCCAAACAGCAUUGAGAAGUUCCAGAAACUGCGCUGGCUGGACCUGCACAGCAAUCAGCUCGAAGAGUUGCCCAAGACAGUAGGUACACUUCAGAAUCUUUUCUACCUGAAUAUAUGUAACAACAAGCUGACCAGCAAAAAUUUGCCAGAGGAGUUGAACCUUCUAAAGAACCUGCGUAUUCUCAAUCUUGGUUUGAACUGUCUUGACAGCAUCCCUCCUACACUUGGGGCCCUGAAGGAACUUAAGGAGUUAGGUCUCUUUGACAACUUCUUGACCACUAUCCCAAACAGUGUGAAAAGGCUUCCCAAGCUCCAGAAAAUGAACACAGAAAGAAACCCUUUCCCUGAGUCAAAAAAAGAAGAGUAUGUCGACCCCAUCAAGCGCGUAGAAUCGCUUUACUUAGUACAAGAGAAAGACCUAUGCUGUUCCUGCCUGAAGACCUGUCAGGGAGAACGGGACAAACUAAACAAGUUUAAGAACAUAAUGCCCUGCCCCUCCAAGAAGCUCAGUUUUCCUUUACUCCUUACGCCCAAUUCCACUGCAAUGGAUAACCAAGAACAAUGGAGAUUAAAAGAUGAACAUCUGUGAAAUGUACAAAUGUGCUCCAUGGGCCACGUCCUAUGAAAUCCAGCUCAAGCUAAUUAAAAAGCUAUCCGCCUGCCCUUUUCUGUAGUUAUCUUCAUUUAAAGAUAUCCAGUUUUAGAAGCAGAUCUGAGGCGGUAUUUAAAACCAAAUCCCAAACAAGUAAAACAAAUGUACAUUUAGAAAAGGACACAUUGGAAGGACUGCUUUCUAGCAACUGGGCCUGCUCCUACAACAUGUUAUUUUGGUUCUUUUUGUUU